CAGCAGCCCGGGCCCCCGCCCCGUGCCCUCGCCGGCGGGACACACCCCCGGCCCUCCUCUGCUCCUCCAGUUCCCGCCGGCCCCACGGGGCGGCAGACCGAGCGGGCGCGAGCUGAGCGGCAGCGCGGGAGGGAAGGGGCGCGCGGCAGGGCCCACGGGAGCAGCCCCGGGCGCACGGAGCCCGCGUGCCCUGCAGGAGCAUCGCCCAUCCCGGAGCUGUAGCUGUAGGCGCCCGGAGUUUGAACAGCCAUCGGCGCGUGGGGCAGGGGUGGCGCGUAGGCGCGGGGACCCGGCCGGGAUGAGACGGUGACGCCGCCUGGGGGCGCCACUCGCUUUGUGAGGAAGAUGCUCGCCUACUGUGUGCAAGAUGCCACCGUGGUGGACGUGGAGAAGCGGAGGAACCCCUCCAAACACUAUGUAUAUAUCAUCAAUGUGACCUGGUCCGACUCUACCUCCCAGACCAUCUACCGGAGGUACAGCAAAUUCUUUGACCUGCAGAUGCAGCUUCUGGAUAAGUUUCCCAUCGAAGGUGGCCAGAAGGAUCCCAAGCAAAGGAUCAUCCCCUUCCUCCCAGGCAAGAUCCUCUUCCGGAGAAGCCACAUCCGGGACGUUGCUGUGAAGAGACUGAAACCCAUCGAUGAGUACUGCAGGGCACUCAUCCGGCUGCCUCCCCACAUUUCACAGUGUGAUGAAGUCUUUCGGUUCUUUGAGGCCCGACCUGAGGAUGUCAACCCUCCAAAGGAAGAUUAUGGCAGUUCCAAGAGGAAAUCAGUGUGGCUGUCCAGCUGGGCUGAGUCACCCAAGAAGGACAUUACAGGUGCCGACACCAACGCCGAGCCCAUGAUCCUGGAACAGUACGUGGUGGUGUCCAACUAUAAGAAACAAGAGAACUCGGAGCUGAGUCUCCAGGCCGGAGAGGUGGUAGAUGUCAUCGAGAAAAACGAGAGCGGCUGGUGGUUUGUGAGCACCUCUGAAGAGCAGGGUUGGGUCCCUGCCACCUACUUGGAAGCCCAGAAUGGCACACGGGACGACUCGGACAUCAACACCUCCAAGACUGGGGAAGUGUCCAAGAGACGCAAAGCCCAUCUGCGGCGCCUGGAUCGCCGGUGGACCCUGGGCGGGAUGGUCAACAGGCAGCACAGCCGAGAGGAGAAGUAUGUGACCGUGCAGCCCUACACCAGCCAAAGCAAAGAUGAGAUUGGCUUCGAGAAGGGCGUCACCGUGGAGGUGAUCCGGAAGAACUUGGAAGGCUGGUGGUACAUCAGAUAUCUAGGCAAGGAAGGAUGGGCUCCAGCAUCCUAUCUGAAGAAAGCCAAGGAUGACCUGCCAACCCGGAAGAAGAAUCUGGCAGGCCCAGUGGAGAUCAUCGGGAACAUCAUGGAAAUCAGCAACCUGCUGAACAAGAAGGCAUCUGGGGAUAAGGAGGCGCCAGCUGAAGGCGAGGGCUCCGAGGCCCCCAUUACCAAGAAGGAGAUCAGCCUGCCCAUCCUCUGCAAUGCCUCCAAUGGCAGUGCCCUGGGUAUCCCAGAGAGGACCACAUCCAAGCUAGCCCAGGGCUCCCCAGCUGUGGCCAGGAUCGCUCCUCAGAGAGCCCAGAUCAGCUCCCCCAACCUAAGGACAAGACCUCCCCCACGCAGAGAAUCCAGCCUGGGGUUCCAGCUGCCCAAGCCACCAGAGCCCCCUUCUGUGGAAGUGGAGUACUACACCAUUGCUGAAUUCCAGUCUUGUAUCUCUGAUGGGAUCAGCUUUCGGGGUGGACAGAAGGCAGAGGUCAUUGAUAAAAACUCAGGUGGAUGGUGGUACGUACAGAUUGGGGAGAAAGAGGGCUGGGCCCCUGCCUCAUACAUCGAUAAGCGCAAGAAACCCAACCUGAGCCGCCGCACCAGCACGCUGACCCGGCCCAAGGUGCCCCCACCCGCGCCACCCAGCAAGUCUAAGGAGAUCGAGGACAGUCCUGUGACUACCAGUGAGAACCAGAACUCCCCACUGAAGCUUAAGUAUGAGGAACCCGAGUAUGACAUCCCAGCCUUUGGCUUUGACUCAGAGCCAGAGCUGAGCGAGGAGCCUGCAGAGGACAGAGGCUCGGGGGACAGGCAGCCUGGCCAACCCCGCAGGCCCUCGCCCGCCUCCUCCCUACAGCGGGCCCGCUUCAAGGUGGGUGAGUCUUCUGAGGAUGUGGCCCUGGAAGAGGAGACCAUCUAUGAGAAUGAGGGCUUCAGACCAUGUGCAGAGGAUGCUCUGUCCACCAGAGGCUCCUCUGGGGACAGUGACUCCCCUGGGGGCUCCUCACUGUCCCUUGCUGUGAAAAACUCCCCCAAAUCAGGUUCCCCCAAAUCAUCAUCACUCCUAAAGCUCAAAGCAGAGAAUAAUGCCCAGGCAGAACUGGGGAAAAACCAGUCCUCAGCCUCCUUCUCCUCCUCCAUCACCAUCAACACCACCUGUUCAUCAUCCUCAUCCUCUUCCUCUUCCUCCUUGUCCAAGAACAGUGGUGACCUGAAGCCACGCUCUGCCUCGGACGCAGGCAUCCGUGGCACUCCCAAGGUCGGGACCAAGAAAGAUGCCGAUAUGAAGGCUGGACUGGCCUCCUGUGCCCGGGCCAAGCCAUCAGUGAGACCAAAGCCAGUCCUGAACCGAGCUGAGUCACAGAGCCAGGAGAAGAUGGACAUUAGCACCUUACGUCGUCAACUAAGACCCACUGGCCAGCUCCGAGGGGGCCUCAAGGGCUCCAGGAGUGAGGACUCAGAACUGCCCCCCCAGACAGCCUCUGAGGGGUCCAGGAGAGGCUCUGCUGAUGUUAUCCCCCUCCCAGCUGCCACCCCUCCAUGUGUCCCCAAGAAAGAAUGGGAAGGGAAGGGCACCUCCUAUAUGACAUGCAGUGCCUAUCAGAAGGUCCAGGACUCGGAAAUCAGCUUCCCCGCAGGUGCUGAGGUGCAAGUACUAGAGAAGCUGGAAAGUGGGUGGUGGUAUGUGAGGUUUGGGGAGCUGGAGGGCUGGGCUCCCUCCCACUAUUUAGUGGCUGAGGAGAAGCAGCAACCUGAAGCCUCUAUCAAAGAGCCAGAUGCAGUAAAGAGCAAGCAGAAUGAAGGCAAGUCAGACAGCCUAGAAAAGAUCGAGAAGCGGGUGCAAGCACUCAACACUGUGAACCAGAGCAAGAGGGCCACCCCACCCAUCCCCUCUAAGCCUCCUGGGGGCUUUGGCAAGCCCUCAGGCACCACAACCGUGAAGAUGAGGAAUGGCGUGCGGCAGGUGGCAGUCAGGCCUCAGUCUGUGUUUGUGUCUCCACCACCCAAAGACAACAACCUGUCCUGUGCCCUACGGAGGAAUGAGUCACUUACAGCCACCGACAGUCUCAGAGGUGUUCGUCGCAAUUCCUCCUUUAGCACUGCACGUUCGGCAGCUGCUGAGGCCAAGGGCCGCCUGGCCGAGCGAGCUGCCAGCCAGGGCUCAGAAUCACCCCUGAUGCCCACCCAGCGCAACAGCAUCCCCAUGUCCCCACUGCGCCCCAAGCCCAUCGAGAAAUCCCAGUUCAUCCACAAUAACCUCAAAGAUGUGUACAUCUCCAUCGCAGACUAUGAGGGGGAUGAGGAGACGGCAGGCUUCCAAGAGGGGGUGUCCAUGGAGGUGCUGGAGAGGAACCCCAAUGGUUGGUGGUACUGCCAGAUCCUGGAUGAGGUGAAGCCCUUCAAGGGCUGGGUGCCCUCUAACUACCUUGAGAAGAAGAACUAACAAAGGGCACAGGGUCCUUCCAGACUCAGUGUGCUGCUGUGGCUGCCAGUGGUGGUGUGCAGACAAGGGGAAGGACAACAUUGAGCCUGCAGAACAUGUGACCUCAAAGACACCCUCCAGCUGGAAGGGAGGGUAUGAUGAGAAUAGGAGAAAGGGAAUAGCAGGGGCUUUUGGCACAUAGGCCCCCCGAAUGCACACUGGUGACUUUGCUGAAGGACCAUGUGCCAUUUAGAAGAGGCCAUGUAGGAAAGCCCAAUUGUGCCUUUGCUGCAGAUCUGGAAAAGAUGUCAUGAGGGGCCUCCAGGGUCCGGCCUCUGCUUGGCCACUUCAGUGGCUGGCUUCUUGCCUCUGGAAGUCACCCCUGUGUUGUUCUAAUAUGUGUUUGAGCUUAGGCUGGUUUCCAAGGAUUCCACCACCCAACACUGGUGGAUAUCCUGGAAGACCACCAGCUCUGAGGCUUGGCAGUGUCUCCUGGGAGUCCAGCCCUUCCUGGAGCCAGGUCAUAGCCCAUGUCUGCUAGUUAAAAGACUUCCCAGGUGCCAACAAGGACCACCUUUCUUUGUUGUCACUGUCCUGGCCUUGAGAAACAAGCCUGCCCUUGGGGCACAUGGAGGACAAAAUAUGGGAGUUUACCGAGAGGGUGAUGCCAGGCUCUUCAGAAUCUAGAGAUUACUUUAGGAUUUCUGAGUGGGCUGUUGCUUUUGCAUGUUCGGGAAAAGUUUAUUGGUCUGGAGGUUAUAUGUCAGGCCUUUGGUUUGGGGCUUAUUUUAGGAGUUGUUUGGGGGCCCGAGGGGCUCAGUCUCAUAUAGAAGGGGUAGUGGUGGGUGGGACUUUUCUGUUGAGUUCUGCGGAGGGGUGUUUUGUUUGGAUUUUGGUUUCAUGUUCUUGCUCUUCCAUAAGCCGAGUCGUUUCUUUUGGUUUCCACUGUGUGGAUGGUGCCACACAGCACCUUGCCAGGGGAUUUUGGCCUGGGUAAGGCCUGGCCCCAGGCUCAGUGAAACAAAGUGUUCUGGUUCCUGCCCAAGAGUGAAGAGGGCAUUGUUAGAAGCCAGGCUGCUGGGUGACCGUCCUGCCUGCUUCUGCCUGCUUUCUCCUACCCAGACAGGUCCCAAAGAAAGCCUUACUGUGGAGAAGCAGCCACCACCAACCCUGUGUGGAAGGGGGCCCCAGCUGGGACAGCCUGGAGCAGACACUAUCUGCUGUGUCCUUUAGCCAGGUGGCAGUGCCACAGAUGCCCAAGAAGAUGGAGGACCCUGGAGCCAGGAGUAGCCCUGUCUUCCCAGGGGCAGUGCCCCAGGGAAGAGAGAAGAGAAUGAAGUUCCCUGCAGUCCUCUGUCAGCUUUGGAUUAUGAUUCAGUGGUUGGCGUUUCAGAAGGGACCCUCCAGCGAGAAGCCCAGCCGGCUUUCCCAAGGACUCCCCUUGUGCUGGGAGUGGAUUCCACAUGUGCCUUGAUUUGGGACAAAUCCUGCCUUACAGCCUCCAGCUGAGAUGCCAGCAUCGCUGCUGGUUCCAACCCAGGAGGGAGUGUGUCCUCACCCUUCCUUCCAGGCAGGUCUGCUGGGACCCAGAUCCCGGUGCCUUCAGCCCCCUACCCUAACCUCCCAGAUCCCCAAGCCCUUGUCCCUUCCACAUGCAAAUGCAAAUGGUUUGCCUCCUUUGUCAAAAGCAUGUGGUGACUUUGUUCUGUUUCCUUUUCUGUGUUCAUGAAUUUGUUUUAAAAUUGAAAUUAGUUAUUUUCUUCUGCUGGACAGUAUUAAAUAGAGCAGGAUAUUGAGUUAAUCUGCUAGAUUGCAGUACUAAUGUAGUGGUUUAGUGUCCUCAUAUUAAUAUUAUUUGUACUUAUUUGAACAAUAAUGAUAAAGAAGUGGUUCAUUAUUUUUUAAUUAAUGCACUUUAAAUAAGGUGAAAUGGAAAGAACCCCAGAGAGCAAAGUGCAUUACUUAAAGAUGCAGUAUCUCCUCCUCCCAGUUUUAAGCAGCACAUAUUUAUUAAAAGAAGAAAAAGUAAUUUAUGACUAUUUAAAAUAAAAUUUAAAAGUAGAGUGACUGUCGGGUGAAAGGACCUUCCACAUAGCUGUCUGCCAGGGGCUCGGCCCACAGCCUCACUCCUUAGAUGUCUGCACUGAGCCAGCUCAGUCACUAGUGCGCCAACCAGGCCCAGAGCAUCUCGGUUGGACGGGACCACCUAGAUCCCCAGACUCUGCCACUCCCACCUUUUCUUUUGUCUGCACUGCCCUGCCAGUAUCUCUGCACUCACAUCCUCCAGCCCCAACUCGCAGACUCUCCCCAAUUCCCAGUGCUCUCAAGUCAUAGAAUCAUUUAAAGAGCAGGACUGGAAGGGACCUCGGAGGUUACUCCAUCCUAUCCCAUCCUCUCCCUUCCUGUUACUUCAGUCCAAGGGCAGGAAAUGACUUUCUUUAAAUUACCCAGCUAGUUAAUAGAUUUCCCCCACUGCAUUAAUCCUGUGUUCCUCUCCUGCCCCUUUAUAGUUUAUUGUGUGGUCAUCAUGUUUACAUUGUUACAUCCAGCCCCAGGGAUGGCUGGGAGUCACUCAGGCAUCUGGGAAAAGUGGGGAAUGCUGCCACCUAGUGACAGCUUGUACAUUUGGGCAGUGAACAGGGUGGCCAAGGUCCUUCACCACCAACCCGUUAUGGCACAGCACAAACCCUGCAAACCCAAAGAAUACUUGAAACAAGAAGGGUGCAUGCCAGGCCUACUCAGACAUGGCCAGGAGAUGCCAGGCCUUGUCCCUGGCAGACUCCUAGCCCUGCCCAAGCAAGAGGGCCUUUCCCUAGAGCUACUGAGCUGCUUUACGAUAGAAGACUACAGCAGCAGCGGAGGAGGGAAGGGCCUGGGGCUCUGACCCAUCUGGAGGAAAACCAGAUCGGACUAAAAGGAAAAAAUAAAAUAAAAAAUGGAAUCUUAGCAAUGUCCAAACCUAGUUUUCCAUUAGUGGCGAUUGAAAAUGUGAAAUGACAUUGUAUUGCUGUAUACUGCAACUUUAAUCAUAAUGAGCCCUUCUGAGGUCAUUAUUGAGGUUUAUAUAAUGCCCGAAGAUACAUCAUUUGGUGCUUUGUUUUUCUUUCAGUUUAAAGACCUUUAUUCUUUUGUUACAAGGGGGGGGCAGUCUUCAUCUCUCUCAAACACUUGCCGGUUUGUCACUUAGCAGGCCUGGCUGUGUUGCCUGGCUCUAGGCCUUGGGGGCAGCCAGAGGGAGCUGGGAGGGGUCUCCCAGCAGCAGAUGUCCUUUCUGCCCUGGGGGCUCCUUCCAAAGCGGGAUCUGUUUGCCAGGCCUCGGCAGCAGCCCCAGCCUGGCCUCAAGGGUUUCUCUUUCUCACCCCUCCUCAAGUCUCCAUUUGGACGAAGGCAUUAUAUAGAAUUAUUGUAAUCACUUUCAGAUGUUAGAGCAACAUAUUUUACUGGUGUUUAUAUCCAUUGCUUUCCUCAGCAAGGCAUGUUAACUACUUUUAUCAUCUAAGGAAAAAAAGACAAGGGAAUUUUGGUCAAACAUUUUCAUAUGACUAGUACUUGCAGAAUAGACAUAGAACUGUUUAAUUUUAGACCUUUGGUAGUGUUUUUAGGAGGGGGAACAAAAAAGAAAAAGAAAAAAAAA